CGCCGCCGCCCCCUUUCCCUUCCUGCGCUCUUCCCACCAUGAGCGAGGCUGUUUUCACCUUAUAAAGAUGGCGGUGUGGGAUCGCUGCAACCUUUAGACUAAUGACUGUCAGAAACAUCGCCUCCAUCUGUAAUAUGGGCACCAAUGCCUCUGCUCUGGAAAAAGACAUUGGCCCAGAGCAGUUUCCAAUCAAUGAACACUACUUUGGAUUGGUCAAUUUUGGGAACACCUGCUACUGUAACUCCGUGCUGCAGGCAUUGUAUUUUUGCCGGCCAUUUCGGGAAAAUGUAUUAUCAUACAAGGCCCAACAGAAAAAGAAGGAAAAUCUCUUGACUUGCCUGGCAGAUCUUUUCCACAGUAUUGCUACUCAGAAGAAGAAAGUUGGAGUUAUUCCACCAAAGAAGUUCAUAUCAAGGUUACGAAAAGAGAAUGAUCUCUUUGACAACUACAUGCAGCAGGAUGCACAUGAGUUUUUAAAUUACCUGCUCAACACCAUCGCAGACAUUUUGCAAGAGGAGAAGAAACAGGAAAAGCAAAAUGGGAAACUGAAAAAUGGCAACAUGAAUGAAGCUGAAGAGAACAAUAAACAAGAACUCACCUGGGUGCAUGAGAUUUUUCAGGGAACACUGACUAACGAAACUAGAUGUUUGAACUGUGAAACCGUUAGUAGCAAAGAUGAAGAUUUUCUUGACCUUUCUGUUGAUGUGGAGCAGAACACAUCAAUUACACACUGUCUAAGAGACUUCAGUAACACAGAGACAUUAUGUAGUGAACAGAAAUACUACUGCGAAACUUGCUGCAGUAAACAAGAGGCACAGAAAAGGAUGAGAGUAAAAAAACUGCCAAUGAUUCUUGCCUUACACCUCAAGAGGUUCAAGUAUAUGGAGCAAUUGCACAGGUAUACUAAGCUGUCUUAUCGUGUAGUAUUUCCUCUGGAGUUACGUCUCUUUAACACAUCUGGCGAUGCUGUCAACCUAGAUCGGAUGUACGACUUGGUAGCCGUUGUUGUUCACUGUGGAAGUGGACCGAAUCGGGGACAUUAUAUUACUAUUGUGAAAAGUCAUGGAUUUUGGCUCUUGUUUGAUGAUGACAUUGUAGAGAAAAUAGAUGCUCAAGCUAUCGAAGAAUUCUAUGGUCUGACCUCUGAUAUAUCAAAAAAUUCAGAGUCUGGAUAUAUUUUGUUCUAUCAAUCAAGAGAGUGACUUGGCACACUGUGACAAUUGCACACAAUGAUGCUACACGCAAAAGAAGGUGAUGGCCCCCCUUAACUGACUUUUACACAGACCACAUCUUGUAUGGUUGAACGAUAAUACACUCUGUCUCCUAUUAAAGGGUCUAUGUGAUAUUGCCUAUAA